AGACAUUGUUAACACUUUCAUUGAACACAUAUGUUAUACAAAGUUUCAAGGCUAAAAUAAAAUAAAAUUGAAAAACACUGUUAAACAAACAUUCAAAAUGGAGGAAUCUGAAGAGGAAGAGAUUCCUCCAAAGAUGCUGUGGAUAAGUUCCGAGAGCGAGAAGAGAGAGAAGAAGCGAUUGGCGAACAUCAGCCCUUCCUGGAGCCCGCUGGAGGGGCACCAGAAGAUCACCCUCAACACCGGUGACAUCGCCGAGGAGGGCAUACUCGGCGAGAUGGGUUGGCAGCUGGUUGCCGUCCUCUUCGGCCUCUUGUCCUUCGUGCUCUACAAGAGUUCCUGAACUGAUUUGAUGCUCUGAGUCUGAAGGACUAGUUGAACAAUGUACUCAAGGUUUUAACAAUUCAGUGUAGGCAUUGGCGUUUAAAGUAUGCAGCGGACAUUACAGUGUACUGAAUAAAAUUGUUUGCAGAA